AUGACUGGAGAAUGGUACUUGGUAGCGUUGCACGGAUUUUUCAUGGAGCUGAAGGUCCAAGAAAUUCACUUGAGGAUGUGCCAAUCAUGGGAAAAUGGUCAAUGGAUCAUUAGUCCAAAGGUACUAGCCAAGUCUAGAGUGAUGAAGUUUAGUUGGAAUUUGAUUUCAAACAACUAUAAAGUGAUGCCUGAUGUUCAGCAAGCUAACAAUGUUUGUUCACUAGGAUUGGAUGUCAGCUAUCUCUAUCUACCCUCACCUUCACCUUUGAAAAGAGCAUGCUCUCAUCGCUCAUCUUGUAUUGAAGAUUAUCCCAGAAAAAAGAGGACUGGUGUGAUUAUGGGUGAGUCUAAAAGGUUCAAAGCAGUAUCCACUGCUCCAUUGAUGGAAAAGGUAGAUGCUAUUGCUUACCCACAGAAUAAUAUGGGUGAAAAAUACAUGCAUUAUUCCUUCACUAAUAGUACCAAUCAAUUAUAUGGAACAAGGAAGGAGAAUCCUUGUAAUGUUAAAACCACUGUAGAACAAGAUUAUUCUUGUAGUUCUUGUAGUAAUGUGAGUUCAGUUGGCAGCUGA